UCACACCCCUGAGUGUUGGUCAAGAGCUGAGGUGGAGGGAGUGUGGGAAACCCAAAGAGCCGAUGGGGAGGGGAAUAUGGGCAGCUGCCAAGUAUUGUCGUCUGCGUUGCAGUUGCUUUUCUCAGCAUUUUCGUGCCCGAUGCUUUUGCUCCCCAACUCAGCUGGAUAGCUCCAGAUUCCUUUCCGUCACCACCUCACGGCCACAUUGAGUCCCUUGUGGUUUUCCCCUCAUUCUCCCCCUACUUUUCACCCACUCCUUUUCGGGAAUUUUCAAGUCACAUUCAAGUGAUAGGAUGAAAAAAUUUAAGAGAAGGCUAUCCCUCACCCUUCGAGGAAGCCAAACUAUUGAUGAAUCAUUGUCUGAAUUGGCGGAACAAAUGACUAUUGAAGAAAACAGCAGCAAGGAUAAUGAGCCUAUUGUGAAGAAUGGCAGGCCUCCAACCUCUCACAGUAUGCAUUCCUUCCUCCACCAGUACACAGGAUCCUUCAAGAAGCCCCCAUUGCGGAGACCACAUAGUGUAAUUGGAGGAAGCCUGGGAUCUUUCAUGGCAAUGCCCAGAAAUGGAAGCCGAUUAGAUAUUGUUCACGAAAAUCUAAAAAUGGGAUCAGAUGGUGAGAGUGACCAAGCUUCUGGGACAUCAUCUGAUGAAGUACAGUCACCUACGGGUGUUUGUCUUAGAAAUCGUAUACAUAGACGGAUCUCAAUGGAGGAUUUAAAUAAACGGUUAUCACUGCCUGCAGAUAUCAGAAUACCUGAUGGGUAUCUUGAAAAGUUGCAGAUAAACAGUCCACCAUUUGAUCAACCAAUGAGCCGAAGGUCUCGUAGAGCUUCUUUAUCAGAAAUUGGGUUUGGAAAAAUGGAAACCUAUAUCAAAUUGGAAAAACUUGGAGAGGGUACAUAUGCAACAGUAUAUAAAGGAAGAAGUAAAUUGACAGAGAAUUUGGUGGCAUUAAAAGAGAUCCGGUUGGAACAUGAAGAAGGUGCACCUUGCACAGCUAUAAGAGAAGUUUCACUAUUAAAGGAUCUAAAACAUGCAAAUAUAGUAACCUUACAUGACAUUGUUCAUACAGAUAAAUCUUUGACUCUGGUAUUUGAAUAUCUGGAUAAAGAUCUAAAACAGUACAUGGAUGACUGUGGAAACAUCAUGAGUAUGCACAAUGUAAAGCUGUUUUUGUACCAAAUUCUACGUGGUUUGGCAUAUUGCCACAGAAGAAAGGUAUUGCACCGAGACUUGAAACCACAGAACCUUCUGAUUAAUGAAAAAGGAGAAUUAAAGCUAGCAGAUUUUGGGCUAGCCAGAGCCAAGUCGGUUCCCACAAAGACCUACUCAAAUGAAGUCGUUACACUGUGGUACCGGCCACCUGAUGUGCUUCUUGGUUCCUCAGAGUACUCAACACAGAUUGACAUGUGGGGUGUUGGUUGCAUUUUCUUUGAAAUGGCUUCUGGAAGACCUCUGUUCCCAGGAUCAACUGUGGAAGAUGAACUGCACUUAAUUUUCCGACUGCUAGGAACACCAUCUCAGGAAACUUGGCCAGGUGUUUCUUCAAAUGAUGAGUUCAAGAACUACAACUUUCCAAAAUACAAACCACAGCCUCUCAUUAACCAUGCACCCAGGUUAGACUCUGAAGGAAUCGAGUUGAUAACAAAAUUUCUUCAGUACGAAUCUAAGAAAAGAGUUUCAGCAGAAGAGGCUAUGAAGCAUGUGUACUUUCGAAGUCUGGGACCAAGAAUACAUACUUUACCUGAAAGUGUAUCAAUAUUCAGUUUGAAAGAGAUUCAGUUGCAAAAGGACCCGGGUUUUCGAAAUUCUUCUUAUCCAGAGACAGGUGUGUUUGUCAUAAACCAUUUCACGUGUCGAUCAUGAAAUUUUGCGUGGAACUAAUUUUUUGGUUUAUAAAUUGAUCAGUAAAAUGAUUGAUGUAAAAACCAAUGUACAGUGCAUUCCACAACUGUAUGUUUAGCAUUGCACGUACUCACUUUUCUGUAUGAUGUGGGCAGCUCAGUAAUUCUUCAGAGAGAAAUCUGACUCAGUCAAGUCAGGGAUCCUGAAAGCUGCAGAUGGCACAAAGACCUUUUACAAGUGGCCUGGCUUGAUCACUGCACACGCCAUUCCUGGUACCUGAGGCAGAAGACACAUCUUAUGCUUCCCUAGUCAUCAGGUUCAUCACUUCGAAGCAUAGAAGCUGUAGACUGACCCCAUCAACAAAAGGGUCAUUUCAGACAGUGCUGAUCACUCUUAUCGUGGAAGAUUAGUUUUUGCUGGUGGGAACAUUAGCUUCCUAGAGUCACCAAAUACUGUAUGUGGGAUAAAACUGAACCUUGAACUGCCUCAUAAAAUGACUUUAUAUUUUAGGACAUGGGAAGAACAGAAGACAGAGCAUGCUCUUUUAAGUCUGAUAACAUGGUUUCAAGCCCAGCCCCCAGCCUUUCUUAUCAAUCAAGGACUCAGAUCUGAAGGCAGUUAUUUCUUUUGGUGGACUUGGAAUCUCCGUUUGUCUACACUGUCCUCUUCACAGUGGAGUCUUUUUAUUUCAGACCUACAGAUUGUUUUUAUAUUUGUUGUCACAGUGUGACAAUUUUUUUGUACAGUUGGUUUUAAGGUCUUCUCUGCCAUUAGAGCCAGUAGGUUACAGCUGUUGAUGUAACUGUAGCUGCAAUUUUUGUGCAGGACUGAGAAACACAGUGCAUUAUUUAUUGCGGAAUCAUUGCUGCUAAAUAACUACUGUCUGUUUAUUUAACACAACAGUUAAAUGCCUGAAGAAGUUGCAGUGGCUUUAUUAGAUGUGAAUGCAUCUGUUUCUCCUCACGACUUGUUUUACUGCUGCAUUUCUUGUUUGUUUUUAAAAUUAAACUGCAGUGUUUCCUGGAAUGUAAGUUUAGCUUUGCUUAACAGUAAAAUAAGUGAGCCAUCUUGAACACUCCUAAGUUGAUGCUGUAUAAUUUUUUACUGAACAUCAGCAAAUAGAGUAGCUAAGAAAUUGAUGAGUACAUCAUGUUUAGGAAAGCAUGUGAUGCAGAGGUUGAUUCAAGCAAGUGAAUACCUGACAUUAUGGGAAUCUCACAUUAGAUACCAGUAAUUUAAAGCACCAAAAUUAUUUAUUUUUACCUUGCCUCAUUUUAGAAAUAUUUACUGCAUAUUAUUGGAUAUGUGUAUACUAAUACACUUACCUAUUUUACAUUGUGCUUUAAUUUAGUUAAAACUAAACCAUACAAGUCCAGUGAAAUAUGUGAGGUCUUGUUUUCAUUCUAAAUGCAAUUCUUUUAUUAAAAAGGAUGAUACUUUUAUGGGGAGCCAGUUAUUUCAUUUGGGGGCUGCGUAUGCAUAUGUUUUAAUAACAUUCACUUGGAAUCAGCUAACAGCUGUAAUAUGUCUUUGAAAUGAGCCAUGAUAAUUACAAAUGACCGAAAUAAGAACUGAGAGGAUUGUUUUAAAGCAUUGUAGGUAUUAUUGUGUUUAUCAGAGAUAGUAAAUAUUACAGUUUCAAUUAUGCAUCUCUUUGAACAUCAUAAACACGCCUUGGUGUUGGUAAGUGUUUUAAGCAUUUGUGUUAACUUUUAAGGACUAUUGUUUAGUGCAUCUUACAAACUACAAAUCUUAAUUGGUAUAUUUUGAAAUGGUCAUGUAAGUUUUUGGCUUAUAUAUCAUGAAAAUAAUAACUUAAUUUUUUCCUGAUAUUCACUGUAAAACAUUCAGGGGUCCUACCAUUUCUGUUCAGGAAAUCUUGUAGUUUAUUGUUAUUUAACAGUAUUAAGUGAAUUUUUGUAUAUUUCAUUUUAACUUUAUUUGUGAAUAGUGAUUGUGGCAUGUUUGGGUGUUAUUUUAAUAUUUCAUGAUACAGAAAUUUUAAUUUUUAAAAAAAAAUGUUCUGGAAGAAACAGAUUCAUGUGUAAUGGUGAAUAUUGGACCACUACUGCUUUUCACAUUUGUAAAUUGGUUUUAUGUUAAACCCUGUAGCCUAACAAACUGCUGUUAUUUCUAACUGACAGACAUGUAUUAAUAUUGUACUUUGAAGGUUAUAAAUAUUAUGUGGAAAUUCCUCCAUUUUGUUUUGAAAUUUAUAAUAACAAGAUCUUCAUGUUGUUAAUAUGUGGUUUUGUUGAGUCACAGUUCUUUCUGGGGCAAGAGGGCUGUGCAGGAAGGGAUCAUUUUCCUUGAUUCGUUUCAUUUUUAGGAGAAUGGAGUCUCACUGUGCCAAUAGUGAUAUUUAAUUUUUAUUUGUGCUGGCCAUUCAUUUAGUAAUCUCUACUGUAAUGUUAUGCGAUAGCACUCCUCAAUUAUAGAGUUGUCAGAUUUUUUGUUUUAUAGGUUAUAAAAAUGUUUUGCAAAUUUUAUAUAGUUAUCCAUAAGUUUGAUAUUCUUACAGGUAAAACAUGAAGAAAUAUAUCCAGCAGUUAUAUAAAAUUCUUCUUCCUAGGAAGUCCUAGGGAUGUUUCUUCCUUUUAUUAAAGAAUUUGGUAUUUUUUUUUGGUACUUGAGCACUACCUGAAAACUUUGCAAUGAAGAGAAUUGAAACAGAGAUUUUGAACCUUGAACACUUAUGAUUCAUCUUAAACUGACUUGGUUUUAAAGGUAAGUGAGGAUUCGUUUUGUUUUCCUUCCAGGUGAUGCUGUCAACACACGUUGAAUAUGUCACUCUAGGUGUAUAGAAGUGACUCCAUUCUAUCUGGUGCUUUAUUAUAUCUAAAAGAUUUUGUUAACAUGUUAUAAUAAUCUGUCAUUUGGGCCCAGGACAAUUCAUGAGGUUGAGGUUGUUUUUUUGUAUGCUUCUGUUUUUACUAUUUUUUACCAUUUUUUACCCAUUGUAAGUAUACAAUUUAUUGGCAUUGAUUAGAGUGUUGUAUAGUAUUUACACUGUCUUUUUCCAAAAUUUUUCAUCUCUCCAAACAAACUCUAUACCCAUUAAGAACAACCCAUUUCCCCCUCUCCAUAGCCCCUGGUAACCUUUAAUGUAUAGGCAUAACUCAUUUUACUGCACCACACUCACUUUGUUGUGCUUUGCAGAUACCGUGUUUCUUAAUAAAUUGAAGGUUUGUUGUAA